AUGCAACUGCGAGCCCUCAUUUCGGUUUUAGUGCUUAUUCUCGGAUUAGUUAUUGUGGGCCAAGCUAAGCCUCAAUUUGGACGUGGGUUUGGCCAUGGUCAGAAUCACGGAGGCGGCCACGGAGGGUAAGA